GGUUGCCGUGGAGACAGAGUGUGCUGUGUGGAUGCGGCGACGCGCCCUGGCGCGGCCUGUGCUGUCUGCCUGCGGAAGGGGCUCCCAAGACCGACGCCAAGAUGAUGCUGUCAAGGGCCAAACCUGCUGUAGGCGGGGACCUACCUCACCCUGACAAAAGAAAGAAGAAAGGUAGGAAGAUUCCAAAACUAGAGGAGCUACUUUCGCAGAGAGAUUUCACUGGAGCUAUUACCCUGUUGGAGUUCAAACGUCAUGUUGGGGAGCAAGAAGAGGAUACUAACUUGUGGAUUGGAUACUGUGCUUUUCACCUGGGUGACUACAAGAGAGCUCUGGAGGAAUAUGAAAAUGCAACAAAGGAGGAAAAUUGCAAUCCUGAAGUCUGGGUGAAUCUGGCCUGCACGUACUUUUUUCUUGGAAUGUAUAAACAAGCUGAAGCAGCUGGAUUUAAAGCCCCAAAAAGCCGACUCCAAAACCGCCUGCUUUUCCAUUUGGCUCACAAGUUUAAUGAUGAGAAAAAGUUGAUGAACUUUCAUCAGAAUCUUCAGGAUAUCACAGAAGAUCAACUCAGUUUGGCCUCUAUCCACUAUAUGCGAUCUCACUACCAAGAAGCCAUUGAUAUAUACAAGCGAAUACUGCUGGAUAACAGGGAAUACCUUGCCCUCAACGUGUAUGUGGCCCUCUGCUACUACAAGUUGGAUUACUAUGAUGUGUCUCAAGAAGUCCUGGCUGUUUACCUUCAGCAGAUUCCUGAUAGUACCAUCGCACUCAACCUCAAGGCCUGUAAUCAUUUUCGCCUUUACAACGGCAAAGCGGCUGAGGCGGAACUCAAAAGCUUGAUGGACAACGCUUCUUCAUCCUUCGAGUUUGCUAAAGAGCUCAUCAGGCACAAUCUGGUGGUUUUCCGAGGCGGUGAAGGAGCUUUGCAGGUUUUACCUCCCCUGGUUGAUGUCAUUCCUGAAGCAAGACUAAACUUAGUGAUUUACUACCUUCGUCAAGAUGAUGUACAGGAAGCUUAUAACUUAAUUAAGGAUCUGGAGCCUACUACUCCUCAGGAAUAUAUCCUCAAAGGGGUGGUCAAUGCAGCCCUUGGCCAGGAAAUGGGUUCGAGGGAUCAUAUGAAAAUUGCCCAGCAGUUCUUCCAGCUGGUGGGAGGAUCAGCUAGUGAAUGUGAUACAAUACCUGGGAGACAGUGCAUGGCUUCCUGUUUCUUCCUGCUUAAGCAAUUUGAUGAUGUCUUGAUUUACCUCAACUCAUUUAAGAGUUACUUCUAUAACGAUGACAUCUUUAACUUUAAUUAUGCCCAAGCCAAAGCUGCAACAGGCAAUACCAGUGAGGGUGAAGAGGUGUUCCUCUUGAUCCAAAGUGAGAAAAUGAAAAAUGACUACAUUUACCUCAGUUGGCUAGCUCGGUGCUAUAUCAUGAAUAAGAAACCAAAACUAGCCUGGGAACUUUAUCUCAAGAUGGAAACCUCUGGCGAGUCUUUUAGCCUCUUACAGCUCAUUGCUAAUGACUGCUACAAGAUGGGCCAGUUUUACUAUUCAGCUAAAGCUUUCGAUGUCCUAGAGAGGCUGGAUCCCAACCCUGAGUAUUGGGAAGGCAAAAGGGGUGCCUGUGUGGGCAUAUUCCAGAUGAUCUUAGCUGGCAGAGAACCCAAAGAGACUCUUCGAGAAGUACUCCAUUUACUGAGAAGCACAGGUAACACCCAAGUAGAGUAUAUCAUCCGGAUCAUGAAGAAAUGGGCCAAAGAAAACAGAGUGCCUAUCUAAAAGAGGUCCAGCCUCCACUUUGCUGUAACCUGGAGAUACUUUCCUAAAGCUCAGCAUAAGAUGAAGGGCUCUCUCUGUUCCACUGACAUUUCCUUCCUUGCUCUUCAAGCCCCAAGUGGUGACUGACGCUUAGACCUGGCCUCUUGGCUGAAUGACCUACUGUAGUCUAUGCUGUGGUUCCUGUAUGGUCCUCUUAGCAAUAAGACUUUGGACUUACUUGGUGCCUUUCUUCCAAUAACUACUCUAGUGUACUCUAAGGAAUUUACUGACUUUAAGGAAAACAAGAUAACUUGUUUUUACGUUAGCAUUUCAUAGCAUUUUCUCUUGGCUGUGAUAACAAAUGAUACUCAAGAAUCAAAGUCAUUUUUUCAUCUUAUUUUUAGCCAUUUCUGUACAUUAUCCCAUUUUAGUAGGGAAUUCAAUAAAGGGGUUUGUAAUGCAUCUAUGAAUCUUGGGAGAACAGAAGUUAUAACUAACUGUAUGAUUCUAAGAAUGGCAGCAAGAUCCUUUAUCAAAUUGUCUACUCAUAAAUAGAUCAUUGGCUUAUGUGAUCACUCUGCCAAUAAUUGAAUCAUUGAUGAUAAUAACCUGUAACAGCAGAGUAAGAUGACUAUUGCAGUUUUUAAAUUAAAAAGGUGAGUACUUUGGGGAAAAAUGUUUAUAGGACCUCUAUAGGUAUUCAGGAAACAAAGUAUAAAAAUUUCAUUAGUUGGGCCAGCAGAUGGCAG